UAUGAUAGAUAUAGCCAAUAAACUAAACUGGCCACACUGUUGCGAAACAUCACAAAACGAAAAUAAUGUCGAACAAAAUCCCAAUAAACCUUCCCGAGGAGGAGCUGGAUUGGAUCCAGUUGCGCCAGGACCUGGGACCCGUUGUGGAGGUGGAAACCACCAAGGAGAAGCUGCAGCGCAAGAUUAAGGAGAACCCUCUCGUUCCGUUGGGAUGCUUGGCCACCACCGCCGCCCUGUCCAUGGGUCUGUAUAACUUCCGGACCGGGAAUCGCAAGAUGUCACAGCUGAUGAUGCGCACCAGGAUCGCGGCCCAGGGCUUCACCGUCAUGGCACUGAUAGUCGGCGUCGUGAUGACCUACACCGACAAGAAGUAACUCCUAACUAACUUGUUGUCGCCAGUCGCCCGGCACUUGAAAUUGACCCGAAAUGUGAUAUUGCUUGGGGUUAACUUUAAAUUAUUUACCCAAGAACGGUAGUGUACAAAAAUAAACUAAUAUUAAUAUGGAUGUCUCAAAGCUAA